AAAAAAUCUUAAACCAGAGCCGCGGCCCGCGAUGAACGUAUCAAAUCAAAGUAUACAGUAUAUAUGAUAUCAUAUGAUGAAUCUUUGUUUAACUGAUUUUGAUGAGUAUUUGACUCGAUAUGAUUUAAUAAUCAAAUUAAUCAAGAAAUGAUACGAAAAAAUUUUUUCAUCUCCCUUUUCUAAAAAAAAAAAAGUUCAUCUCAAAAAAUGUUCACAAAACCAAACAAAAAAAAUGUCCAGCAGUAUGAAGAUAAUUAUAAGAAAGCAUUUUUUACCUUUUUUAAAUUUUUAACUGGUGAAGCUAAAGUUGAUGAAGCAAAAAGAAAGUUCAUUCUUGAAUGUUUUGAAAGAUUUAAAGACGCUGAAGAAUACGAGUCAACAAAGGAUUUUGUCCUUGAAGUUUUUGAAGAAAUUGGAUUCGAACCUUUUCAAGAAAAGAAUCAAAUAGAAAUGCUCAACAAAGAAAAAGAGACGGAGAAAGAAAGUACUAUCAUCGUCGCCGAAUCUUCUGAUAUCAAGAUCAAUACCUCCUCGGAAAUUUCCGUUCCAAUGAAGAUUGAUCUCCAACAAAUGUACUUACUUCAAUUAUUUCAACGUUCUUUAGCCCUUAAUAUUUCUAUUGGAACCUCAAACAAACGCAUCCUUGGAUUCAAAAUUCCAUUCUUAAAUGAUUACGCAUUCUUUGUUAAAACUUUAUGUUUAGGUACGAUGAUGGUAAAAUAUAAGAGAGAUGGAAAAAACAGUACUCCUGAAAUUAUUCAAUUAGAUAGAUUUCCAAUGGGGUGGAAGAUUGACCAUGAGAAAAAGCCCCUUGAUGGUAUCACAAUCUUUGACUUUUAUCAAAGCGAUUUUAAAAAGAAAAGAUAUUUCAUGGAAAAGAGGAUCAUGAAGGAGAUCAAACCAAUUUUAUUUGGCACAAAAAAGGGUAUUAUUUAAGGAAUAAAUCAAAAAGGAAAGUUUAGACAGAUAUUAAACCAUUUAUAAUCAAUAAAAUUUUUCUCCUUUCAAUCAUAAAUAUAUUUUGCCUUAUUGUCAUUACUCAUUAGAUGACUCUCCAUUAUUCAGUUGCAUAUUAUAUAGGUAAUAAUGAUGAUAAUCGCCAAGAUAAUCCUUAAUAAAUUUCAUUGAAUGGACGAAUUUAUUUUCAUUCAUAUUCUCAUGUGCGAAAAUUAAGAAAUAGGAUAAAUUUAUAAUUGGCGUCUAUUGAUUUCAUUGAUAUCGAAACAGUUUAAUUUACAUAAACAAAACCAACCUUUUACCACAGAUUAUCUAUUCAGAUUAAAUAAAAAUACAAAUAUAGAGUACAGGUUCGGGUUCAACCGGUUUAUCUACAUCACAAAAGACACAAACAAAAUCUGAUAUUUAUGAUUAAAAUGAUAAAAAAAACCACAAAAUAUUGGCGCAGUAAGAAAA